AUGUUAUUGUACUGGAGAGAAAAAUGUACAAUGUCUCACCAAAGUGUUUGAUUCUUUUUCUUUCUUUUUCUUUUUGGGUAUUAUGAAAGCCAAUGAUAAUCAUAAGCACUGUGAUUCUUGAACGAAUUGUCCUCAUCAAAACCCUUAUUCUCAUUCUUCUUAUAUCAAGCUUGCAAUGUCUGUAAAAGAAGAAGCUUCUUCUUCUUCUACCACUUUCAGUCUCCACAAUUUGUAAAAACUAUGGAGUGGCUGGGUAAAGUUUUUCGAUCUCUUUUUGGCACUGGAGAAGAUAAUGAUCCUCGUAAGCACUAUGGUUCUUCAACUAAUCAUCCUCACCAGAACCCAACUUCAAUCUCUGCAAGAGAAACUUCUGAUUAUCUUUAUAAGUACUCUGGUUCUUCGACGAAUCUUCGUCAACAAAAUCCGACUUCUUAUUCUUCUCAGGUCAAGCCUUCAAUUCACACUGAUAAUCCAAGUCAACAUCCUCAUGUUAAUGUAAAGGAUCAGAGUUUUGCUUAUUCUCCUUCCUUAGAGAAGCUUUCAUUUGAUGAAGGAAAUAAGAAGCAAAAUAAUUAUGGAAAAGAGUCGAGAAUUAAGAGCGAUAGUCACAAGAAAGAAAAGCUUCCAGUCUAUGGCAUACCAGAAGAAAUUAGGGCCUUGAUUGAGAAGGGAAAGGUGCCUGAUGUUCUGAUCAAGCCUUUAUCUGCAUCCACUUAUUCUAACUAUUUUGCUUCUUUGCUUUAUGCUGAGGAUGUCUAUGUUGAGACGUGGAGUGAUUUUGUUUUGGAAGGAAUCACUGUGCAAAUAUAUCAAGAACUGACUAAUCGGGAUAAAACCAGGUAUAAGAAUAAUGAUCAGAAGACCUCAACAAAGAAGAAUCCCCUUGUGUAUUUCGAGUUUCCCCACGAUCGAGUGGAUCGACCCUUCCUUCUAUCAAGAGAUUACGUCUUCUUAAAACCUUCUGGCAAGAUGGUUGAUCCUUUUAAGGGAACUGUAUGUCGGGUUGAGAAAAGCAAGAAGGUGGUGGUGGAAUUUGGCGAUGACUUCCAUUCUCCGCGGCGUAAGUCGUUUGAUCAAAACUAUGAUGUGAGCUUCUCAUUCAAUAGGGUUUGCUUAAAACGCUGCCACCAAGCAGUGGCUGCAGCUUCAGAACCUUCAUCCCACGGUCUCCUUUUUCCCAGCUAUACCCCAAUCCGUAUUCCUGACGCAAGAAAUAGUGCAUCUUCUUCAAACCUACAUCUCGACACGAAGCAACAAGCUGCAGUUUCUGGGAUACUCAGGUGCAAAGGUUUUCCACCUUAUCUAGUUGAGGGGCCAACCCGUGUAGACAAUUCACCAUUCGGAGCAUCAAGCCUCGCGAUCCAAAAGACCAAAGCUGUAGUUGGGGUGGCAGCCUCAUACAUAUACAAGAGCUUCCCGAACUCUAAAAUUCUCAUCGCUGCCCCGACAAACAAAGCUUGCGAUGACCUUCUGCGAAUAUUAUUGAGGGACAUUCCUGAUACGGAACUCUUCCGAUCAAAUGCAGCCUUUCGCGAGCUCGAAGAUGUGCCUGUCGAGGUGUUUGGGGCUUCCUCUUAUGAUGGGGAGGUUUUCGACUGUCCAACCCUGCAAAAGCUUAAGAGUUAUAGGGUGAUAACCUCCACUUUUAUAAGUUGUUUCAGGCUAUACUCUGCAGGUAUUACUAAAGGCCAUUUUACCCAUAUAUUCUUAAUGGAUGCUUCCGCUGCAACUGAACCUGAAACAAUGGUGGCCCUUGUGAAUCUGGCUUGCAAGAACACGACAGUCGUGGUCACAGGUUGCUCCAGUGAGAAACCGUCUCGAAUACGUUCGCCUAUAUCACAACAGCAUGGGUUGAGAAGAUCUUACUUUGAGAGGCUUCUUGGCCAGUUGCCUUACUCCGAAGAUAACCCUUUGUUUGUGACACAUCUCAGUUAGGGCUCUUGAAGAACAUAUCAGCUUAGCUCAAGGAUAAUGGUUCCCAGAGUUUGCAAACCUCUAGAAUCUUUCUUUGUCUUUCUUGAGAAACUGUCUCGAAUACAUUCGCCUAUAUCACAACAGCAUGGGUUGAGGAGAUCUUACUUUGAGAGGCUUCUUGGCCAGUUGCCUUACUCCGACGAUAUUUGUGACACCUCUCAGUUAGGGCUCUUGAAGAAUAUAUCAGCUUAGCUCAAGGGUAAUGGUUCCCAGAGUUUGCAAACCUCUAGAAGCUUUCUUUGGCUUUCUUUUGGUAAAUUGAUUGUAUAGUAUUUUAUAUUCAUAGGCUCAUAAAAUGACUAUAUGUAUGUGUUUUUUGGGUGUCAUGCAUGGUAUGAGACUGAGACUGCAUCUAUGUAAUUUGCAUAUGAAUUUUCAACAUUUUAGAGCUUAUAUAGACUCUGGGAUCCACUUAUAAUCGCCAUAUGAGUAUUUUUGUAAAAGAUAAGGAAUUUAAAUUCCUAAAUAAAUCUCUGACCAUGCAAAAAUUUGGAGCUCUCCAUUCAACCUAAGAUUAUUAUUUUCUUUAUGGGACAAAGAGUGCAUAUGAAUUAUUAUUUUUUGUUUAUUUUUUAUCUUCAGUAAAGGUUGAUGCUGGUAAAGAUGUUACAUCCCCAAAAUUUGAGGUCCUAAACAUACUCCUGAGAUAUGAUUUUACAAGAGAAAGAAUACUAGAUACACUCCCACUGCAUCAUAAUUACAAGAGAAAGAAUACUAGAUAUACUCCCACUACAUCAUAAAAUCUCUCGGCUUCUUUCUAUGUUUAGUGUCUUGUCAUCCGUGUAUCAUAGUCCAUGUUUAUUGCUUGAUGUACGGUGUCAUGUUGUUAAAAGUUAGAAACCAGAUCUCAAACUGGUCUAGAUAGACCAAUUGGGAAAACAAGACCAAUUGGAUCACCCAGUUCAAUAGAUUCCAAUUAAUUUUUAAAAUAGAGUUUCCAUUACGAAUGGGGCCUUCAUUUAGAAAUGGAAAUGUACAGGCCUCGCCACCUUUUCCCUGCAAUGCUAUCAGUGGAGCUUUUAAAGAUUUAAGGGAUGCCUAAUAUGUGUGUGUAUGUCUGCAUGAGAGAGAGAGAGAGAGCACCAAAUGACCAUAGGAAAAAUCGUAGUCCCACGAGUCUUUUAACUUUUUUAUUUUACCUCGAGUGAUAAGGGUGUUAUCACUAUCAUGGACUGAUGACACUCACCAUUUCGAUCAUGUCCUGUUUUACUGGAUCUCAUUCCCUCCUCGGUACCUAUCCAUCAAUUCACUAGAAGGUGAUGGCACAUUUGGGAAAUUUAACAAAAUAUACCUAAAAGUUGGACCAUUUAACAUGAAUUUGAUAUAUUUUCAAAACCUGUUUUCGAUGUUUCACUCCAUUGAGCUAUUAAAAAUUUGAUCAAAAGAAUGAUGAGUGAUUUGCGCUUCGGCACAAAAUAAGAAACGGUCCCUCCAAUGUAUGAAUGGUUGGGAGUUCACAUUCUCGUCGUCCUUGGUAAAAGAGUCCACCACGGCGACAUUCAUAAACCGUUCUACGAUAGUUUACAUCAAAAAGUAUUGGUAAGAUAUUACACAUUUCAAAUCUUAAGAGUAAUUUCAUAAAUUUCUAUUCUUAAUUAUGAAAUUUAAAGCUCUAGAAAAUGGUGCAGAUGUAGCUAAUUUAAAAAUACUUGGAAAUGGAUGGUUCAGAAAAUGUAUUACACAAUACACUAUCUUUCCAUAUGGUUUUGGAACCGAGGCCCUAAAUUUUUUUCAUGUGGCAGCUUUAUAUAAUUUUUUCUAUAUAUGUGUUUAUGUGUGAUAUUGUUUUGAUAAGGCAAUAGCCUUAUAGAUACAAGGUUGCAACUAUCUGCACCGUCCAUCAAGUCAAACACCUAAAUUAAUAAAUAAACCAAGGUCUCCCAGUGCUCUAGUUCUAUUUUCAUUUAUAAAUUGUUUUUUCUAAAAUCAAAGCAUUAACAUUUCUCUUUCUUUUUCCAUUACCCACCUCAAACCAAGUAUUCUCAUCUUUCCCCAAGCAUUGCACUCUAAAAUUAGGUCACUUGGGCAUGUACAUCACAGACCUCGAACAACAUUGUUAAGAGGUGUAAGUUGGUUCAAGUAGAAAGUCCAAAAAUAGCAAAGGGCAGGCCCAAAAGGACAUGAUUGGGAGUAGUGAGAAAAAAUAUGGGGACUUAUAGCUUCAUUGAUCGUUUGACCCUUGAUACAACAGAAUAGCGAACUAGGAUUUGUGUAGCCAACCUCAAAUAGUUGGGAAAUGACUAUGAUAAUGAUAAUGAUGAUGAUAAUUGCACCCCAAAAAUUAAAGAUAUUGCUCUCUUUAAGCAUGUCAUUUUCCAAUAAGUAGAAAUGUACAUGAAAUUCAGUCUAAAACUUGAAGAUUUACUAGAUUUUCGGUUAGUUUCCUCAAACCUACAGCACUUGGAUCCUUCAAGAACUAGAUCAAAGCAUUGAAAUGAAUCCCCAUCGUUCCCUUAAACUUAACAUCAAUGAAAUGCUCCAAAUUGGGGGUGAAACAUUCGAAUUUUUGGUUUAGAAUAAAUUGUGGUCUCUUUCCACAAAGCUCACCAGAAAAUGCCCUAACUCGUCAUAAAAGUCGGUACUGCUUCAGCAACCAGCUUUUCUCUCUCAACCCUAGAAAAUACUUCCCCAGAAAAACUCACUAAGGACAAAUUCUCUCUCCUGCUCCCCAUAACCCAUUAAGAGCUCCCUUCACCACCCACCUCUCUCGCUCUCUCUCUCUGAUAAAUUAACCCAAAACUCAAACCCAUCAAACCCUGUUUCCUCCUCUUGCGGUGACAAACUAUCCAAGAAAAAACAAUUCACCAAACCCUGAUUCUCCCUCUCUGCAUUUACAUUGAAAACCAGCAAAAACCUUCCCAACAAAAAUUUUAACUCCUCCAACCAUAUUCUUUCUUCUCUCUCACUUCAUUGGAAUUCAACCACCUUAAAACAGGAACACGAUCACCCGAUUGAAACUAACCAAUAACUUGUAUCCCUCUCUCUGCACCCAUUAAUUCAAUCCCAUCUCCUCCAUUAAAAACAACGCAUUAGUUCAAUCCCAUCUCCUCCAUUGAACCAACCACUAGUUCAAUCCCAUCUCUUCCAUUAAAACCAAGCCAUUAGUUCAAUCCCAUCUUUUCCAUUGAAACCAAAAUCUCUCCAAAAAUAGCUUUCAUCAUAUGAUGCAGAGAAACCUAAUGCAAAAUCAUUUCACCUCAGCAACUUUCUCUUGGUCACAACCCCAAUUUCGCCAAUCAUUCUCUCUCCAGAAAUCCUGCUGUAUAAACCAGAAAUCCCGAUCCUAUUUGGACUGAACUAAUAAAUUAUAGAGUCCAUCUCAAAUUUUCUCCAUCACCAUAUGGAGCAAAACCUGUUGCUCUAUGAAAGAUCAAAUUGUAAGUAUUCUCCACACAGGUUUUCUCAGAAGAGAGACUCGCCACCAGCUUCAACAAAGGAGAAGUCAUAGAUAAAUAUUGAGGUAAGAAACCUAGUUGAAAACCAGAUUAGCAUAUCAAACCCUUCAGCAGUAAGAGCAGGACCAAACCAACUCAUUGACAUAAAAGUGGCCCUGAGCUAAAUGGUUGGUUUUUGAAGAGGCAGCCAUGAAUUUGCAAAGUUUGAAGGUGGUGCAUUUUUUGAGGGUAGAGAGAGAAAGUGGUUUUCAAGAAGACAGGUGUCUGGGUAUUUCAUCAGGGGAAGAGAGAGAAAUGGUGUUUGAAGGACUGUAUUUUCAGAGAACCAAUCUGAAACCAAUUCCUUCGAGUAGGGGUCUUAGAAAAAACUGAACCAGUCUUGAGGAUUUUCAAGAACCCAUUCCUUUGAGAAGGGGCAAUAGGGAAAAUUAACCCAGUCCAUACUCUUUGAGGAGGUGUCGAAGCUCCUGAGGAUUUUCUGUUGAAGAGAGAAAAGAGGGAAAGUGGUCAAGGAAGAAGUGAGAGAAUAGUGAGAGUGGGUUCCAAUAUUAUAGCCCACAAAAACCCUCUAGCUGUAUGUUAUGCCACUUAUACUCUAGCAAUAAGGCCAUUGCCAGAAUAUCAUAAGCUUCCAAUAUUAGUUACAAUUCCCAAAUAAAAACCUGCCUAGGAGUACUUUUAAGAUCCUCAAUUUUGUGGAUGUAACCACCUCAAGGGGAUAUAAACACCUCAACCUAGCGGCUAACUAAUAUAUUUAAAAAAUUAAAAUCUUUCAUACACUCCCUAUGUGUAGUCUAAGAAGGGUGAGGACCUUAAACUCUCCCUUAAUCCGAACCAAGCCCAGGUAAAAGAGGUGGGUUGUGUCAAGUACGCAGCCAACGUAAAACUUAGCCAAAACUUUCUAUGAAUCCUAAGGCUCUGAUGAUGAUGAUACUCCCUACGUGCCUAAAAAAAUUAAUGUCCUAAGGUUGAAUAAAAAGCGUUCCUUUCAAAUCUAAAGUGCUUUAGGGACUCAAAAUUCUUGUUUCCAAAAACAUAUCCAUCUUGUGAUU